AUGGAUUGGAUGCAUGUCUACAUCGCCGGGGCUGCCGUACUGGUUUUUGCUCUAGUCGGCUUGGUGCUUAUCGUUUCUUCAAAGCACAUCAACAUCGCCAAUACUAGAGUUGGUCCAUACUUGAGAUUCAUAUGGGCGAACUUCAUCAAACCGCAUGACAAGAAGGCCGGUGACCAGCAGGGUGCAUUGGAGAGUUUCUAUAAAACCCAGGCCGCCAUUUAUGAUGCCACUCGUCGUCGUCUUCUCUGUGGUCGCGAGGACAUGCUCGGUCUUGUGGCUGCACAGCUAAAAUAUAAGAUCGAUAACAAGGAAGUCAAGGCUGGAAAGGCUGUUUGGGUGGAUGUGGGUGGUGGUACUGGAUACAACAUUGAAGCAAUGGCGGCCUUUCUUCCAGUGGACAAGUUCUUUCAGCACGUUUACCUAGUUGACCUCUCCCCGUCCCUGUGCGAAGUAGCCCGCAACCGGUUCGAGCGCCUGGGUUGGAAAAAUGUUACAGUGCUUUGCCAGGAUGCUCGGUCUUUCUGUCUGCCAGCAAAGGAGUUUGAUCCGCGCUCUUCGGCUCCAGAAGGUGAUGGGGUGGAUUUGAUCACUAUGAGCUACAGCUUAUCCAUGAUUCCUGACUAUUACAGCGUUGUGGACUCACUGACCUCCCGCUUGAAGUUGAGUGGAAUACUGGGAGUAUGUGAUUUCUACGUCCAAAGCAUUGUGGAUGUGUCCUGUCGCAACUACACUGGUGGCGCUUUCAACCGCCAUGUCAAUUGGCUUGGGCGUAUGUUCUGGAGAGCCUGGUUCGAUUUUGACCGAGUCAGCCUCGAGGCUGCCCGUCGAGACUACCUUGAGUACAAAUUCGGUACGGUCAUCUCCGCUAGUGAGAGAAACUACCUUCUCGGUGGUAUUCCUUACUACAUCUUUGUCGGUUGUCCCAAGGAGAUCGCAUCUGCACCGUCAAGUCAGUCCAUCGAAAAGCUGGAUGCUUCUUUCACCGAGUCUCCUUAUCUGCUUCCUGCCAAUCAUCAACAUGAGAUGGAUAAUGCAGUGGUAAAAAGCACGCAGGAGAUCCGCUCCAAGGCAUAUGAAUCUGCAGUCAUUAACUUGAGCGCAAAUUUACCAUUACCAUCAUCUUUCUACCAGAACCACCAUUACCGCAUUUAUUACAACGACAUGCUGCACAAGCAUACUCAAUUCCAUAACGAGUACAUCUACGCAUUUACAUGGGAAGACCCGCGAGUUGACCACCGGCUCCUGAACAUCGGCAAAGACGACGUGAUUCUGGCCAUCACCAGCGCUGGUGACAACAUCCUUGAUUAUCUGCAGAAGAACCCACGCCGGGUACACGCAGUCGAUCUGAACCCUAAUCAGAACCAUCUGCUCGAGCUUAAGGUUGCCUGCUACUCAGCGUUGGGUCACCGGGAUAUGUGGAAGAUCUUCGGCGAUGGCAAGCACGCACAAUUCCGUGAACUGCUCAUCUCUAAGCUGAGCCCCCAUCUGUCCAGUCAGGCUUUCCAAUAUUGGCUCGAACACAGCCAAACGUUUACCUCCAGUUCUGGGCAUGGGCUUUAUGAGACUGGUGGUUCUCGUCAUGCGAUCCGCAUGGUACGCUGGCUCUUCAAUAUUUUCGGGCUGCAGGGUGAAGUUCGCAAGCUAUGUGAAGCACAGAGUCUCGCAGAGCAACGCGAAAUCUGGCCUCGUAUUCGACGUGUACUAAUGAGCCGACCACUCCAUUGGGCGAUCGUGAGCACCGAAUGGUUUGCUUGGAAAGCCGCCGGAGUGCCACGCAACCAGCGAAACAUGAUUAUCGACGACUACUUUCACCGCAACGGCUUGACUGAAGAUAUGAAAAAGGGCAAAGACGUCAGCGGCCAAUCAAUCUGGGAAUACGUUGUCAAUACACUUGACCCCGUUAUCAACGACACCCUGAUCAGCAACGACAAUUAUUUCUACUUCCUUUGUGUCCAGGGCAAAUUCUCUCGCAGAUGCCACCCAACUUAUCUGUCACCUCAAGCACAUGUCAGGCUUUCUACGCCUGGUGCAUUUGAUGGCCUCCGUAUCCACACUGAUGAGAUCAACGAAGUGAUCAACCGGAUAACCCCGGGCACUUUGACUAUCGCUGUGGUCAUGGACUCAAUGGACUGGUUUGAUGCCGCAGGGGAUUCAGCCCCAGCCCAAGCACGAACAUUCAACAGCGCCUUGAAAAAGGGUGGUCGCAUUCUUCUUCGUUCUGCCAGCAUCGAUCCUUGGUAUAUCAAACAUUUUGAAGAGAACGGUUUCUCUGCUCGUCGCGUCGGAGCUCGUUUCCCAGGGACUUGCAUUGACCGGGUCAAUAUGUACGCAUCUACCUGGAUCUGCACUAAGACGAAGGACAUGUCCCGCACGAAUGCAGACCGGAAAAUCUCGACGCUCUCCUUGACCGAAAGUGCGAUUCCUGUGGGCGAGAUAUCGAGUAGUGUGGACGAUCUGGUGGUUUGA